CAAAACGUCAGCUAACCAUAUGUAAAAAUAGCCGCGUAAUACGAUCGUAAUACGCACCGAUCGGGUUAAAUGUGAUCUUAUCGGCAAUUAAAUAGUUCUAAAGCAGUGCAUAAACCAAUUGUGCUUUAGCUGUGCCACGGAGAAUAGUUUCAGCUCGAAUGUCUAGUCAACGCAGCAGCAUCCAGAUCAGGCGCUUCCGAAAUCCGCCACGGUCGGAGGUGAAAACGUGUCCGUUAAAAAACAUAGGCGAUGACGACAUGAUGCCGUAAAAGAAUGAUCGAGAAGCGAGAUUGCAAUAGUAGGCUCUGCAAGCUCCUAGAUCAAGUUUAGGUCGCUCCUAAGGAGGUGCACUAACGACUGGUGCAUAUGCACUCCCUGUGGGUUGGCAGCAUUGCUUCAAGAUGGCGCCACGUAUCAUCACAAUUUGUCAUGCGGCCGUAAAGGAUUACGGAAAGGAUUUACCCGGCUUAUUACAUCCGCGAACUGCACCAGAAGCAGCGCGCCCAGUGACGUGUGGUUGCCGUGGUGAUAGCGAGAAGAGACAAGACCGAGCCCAGGCCCCAUAAAACCCCUAAAGCUCACAUUCCCGGGAAGCGUCCAGCCAGCCAGCAGCGAGCAGGGAGCUGGUUGACGGGCAUGUUUAUUGGGUUCAAUAAAUUUCAAUUUAAAGCAAAACAACGCUUGAUUGUUGACCGGCGGACCUGGUGGCGGAGCGGAGUGGAGUCAGCACCGCGCACUAAUUCCCGGACCCGUCCAGUGCUAAUAGUGGAGCAGUUGCAGGCAGGCCAUCUUCGGUGAUCAUGCAUGGGAGAACCGUCCACCGACUACCGCAGCGAAGUGACGACGUCAGUGAAAUUAGCAGCAGCUCGUCGAGAGAAGGCGUGGUGGUGGUCGGUAAGGGCCCAUUUCAUCCUUACCACAGCACACUCGGGCACGGUACCUGCUCGCGACUAGUUUGACCGAUGGUCGGUCGGUCCGUUUGGGUCGUCCCAUUGUGCGCUACGUUCUGGACGAGAUAACAUGCCGAAAAUAUCGUCGCCUGCAGCCGUGUGACCGUUUGCUAUCGUUCGCUCGCCGUCUUCUGACAAACCGUGCCGUACUGUCGCGAGAGAAGGCCGCGUCGUUGUGUUCCGCCUGUCUUACGCAUCGCUGACUGAUAGCGCACACAAAAAGUUUCGGAGUGUCCGUGUUCUGAAAAAAAAACGGCGCACAAGGUUGCGUGACGAACCAAGAACAGAAUAGUGUGAUAUAUCCCUGGGGGAGAGAAUCCUAUCUUGUGGCGAGGUGUGUCCUUCCGUGUGCCGGAGUUGCCUUCUGGAUUUUUUUUCGCGUCCCGCUUCAUUGCCUUUUCCACAUGAUCCCGAGGCCGUCAAGGCAACAACAACUGUGAUUAUGGAUAGUGACAGCCCGGUACAGGAGUACUACAUUAACGAUUAAGGACUAAGGCCUGCUGUGGCGUGGCAGGCAAAGGACACUUGUACCACCCGAACGCCUCCCCAUACCUCGCGAUCUCUCCCGCUGUGCCUUCUGCCCUAGUGCCUAAUAGUGAUACCCAACAAACGGGGUUUUGUAAUUUUAAACCUAACUCAUAAUCCGUAUUCUGACAAGUGCAAGUGAGCGGAAUUUUAGUCAGCGAUCGAGUGUGGGCCGUCGCGGGCACCCGCCUUUUCCGGGGCUGGGGAAGAAGUUGCCGCCGUCUACGGAUGAUUUGCGCGUCAAUCGCUUAUCGCACUGAAAAACGCGUCGCCUGUCUGUGUGUGUGUGUGUGCGUUUACUCCACUAACCGUUCUGCGGGUGUGUGUGGGAAGAAGGGGAGCUCGAAAAAUUCAAAUCGCGUAAAAGCGCGGAUUGCGUUUAAUCUCGCGCACGCGUCCCGUACAGCAGCGGCACAAGAUUUCUCUCGCUUGGUGUGUGCGUGUCGGACUAUAGGGCGGAUCACAGCAUCAAAAACACGGUGCAGAUAUAACCGUGAAGGUGUAGUUGCACGGCAAAAGCGAGCGGGUAGCGCCGCCGGAUCGCGUACGCGUUAAUUGAUCGCGCGCCGUUGGGACAACAACAGGUUCGCCGUUUACCUCUUCUGCCGCAGCAGGCAAGCAACUCCGAUUGGACGAUUCGACCGAUCAGACCGGUAGCGCGAGCGAUACACCUAUACCCUCACACACACUCAACUAUUAAUGGUCUCCUGUGGGGCCUCUUGGGGCGUACGUCUGGCUGGCGGUGUUUAGUUACGAAACAAUCGUCGUCCGGUGCAGGCGCGUCGUUGUUCGCUCCGCGUUGUCGGCAUUGUGAAUGAUUGUAAAAAAACGGAGAAAAAAGGUGGUGUUUGUGUGGCACCAGUGUGAAGUUCAGCCAGUCUGACAAGUGUGGUCGUCGAACCCGCCCGAAAAACAACACCAUUCGAUUGGAUGUGAAAGUCGCGUAUCUGCUCCGCAGCAAAAGUAAUCCUAGUGUGCGUGGACCCAAGAAAGAGAGCGUAGCAACGCACGCACGUUCGGAAACGUGGCACAGUUCUGCGGGCGAGCGUUUUUCAGCAGUGAAUUACGAAAAUUGCGUCCGAGGAAAAGCUCGCGAAAAACGAUUUAAAAGUGGAGCCGUAGCAGCAUCCGCUGUAUCCGUGGUGGUAACCGUUUCGUGCAGUGCCCGGUUUGCGCCUUAUGGAGCAGGAUAUCAUUAAGCGCCCGUGCCGAAUCGUACCAUCGUACAUGGUCAACAAGAUGCGGAUAGAGAUUGAGAAUCCACUGCUCCAGAGUCACCGACAGCGCGAAACCACCGGCAUCAAGAAGCUGUACAAUUCGUUCUUCGUUAUGUUCUAACUGACUCGCCCGCGCGAGGAAAACCGCACGCGACCGUGUGUGUGUGUGUGUGUGUGUUCGUGGUUCUGUGGAUGUGUGGAUGUGUGUGGACAGGAAAAGUAAGCAUCCCCCUACCCCCCAUUCGAAGCGGAUGUCCGGUUACUACGCAUCCUUUUGCUGGUCCCGUUCCCGUUCAAUCGUCACCAUAAACAACCCACCGCAAAAAAA